UGUCCUCCUACGACGAUUCAUGUUAGCCGACCCCAAAACAUUUUGGGACUAAGGCUUUGUUGUUGUUGUUGUUAUUUAUACUAAACCUAUCUUACAUUUACAUAACUAUACUUAUUUUUUGCUGAAACUUAUUUAAAUAAGCUGAGGAGAACAUGUCCUUAGACCUUAGAUAUAUCUCGAACUCUUGAUUUCAUAAUACUUAAUACUAGUAGGCCUUGAAGUCUGCAGCCCAAAACAUGAGUCAGGGGAUAGAACUAAUGAACAAGCUUUAAUGCCCAUAAGGCAAGUAUAAUUAUAUGCUUGUAUAAGUGUGUUGCCAAUCUUGACAAAAGAGAUAUGCAAGACUGUUAAAUCAGCAAUGUCGGUUACAAACUUGUUUUGUGAUUUUGUGAAUAGUCAAGGGCCAACUUGCCAAGGCAGUAUGUAAGAAACUAACAAGUUGCAUAAGUUGACUUAGUCAACCAAACCUCAUAUAAAAACUCUUCCCUUCUCUUUUUCUGCAAGUCAUUUACUGCAUCAGAAUGUCCAUGGCUAAACUCAGCAGCUUCACCGUUUUCUUUGCAUUCUUGCUUUCCUGCUCUUUUUUCGCGUCAACUGGAGAAGCCUAUGAUGCACGCGGUUCAAAUGGAAAUAUUACUAUAAAAUGGGAUGUUAUGAAUUGGAUCCCUGAUGGGUAUCUUGCUGUGAUCGAUAUGUUCAACCAUCAGAAAUACCGCAACAUUGAAGCCCCAGGGUGGAGACUAGGAUGGACAUGGGCCAAAAAGGAGAUAAUAUGGCAGAUGAUGGGCGCGCAAACCACUGAGCAAGGAGAUUGUUCGAGAUUUAAAGGGAACAUUCCUCAUUGUUGUAAGAGUAAUCCAGAAGUGGUAGAUUUGCUUCCUGGUACACCUUACAACCAGCAAUUUGCUAAUUGCUGCCGCGGAGGGGUAUUACGUGCUAAUACUGUUAGCUCUUUUCAAAUUAGUGUUGGUCAAGCAGGAACAUCAAAUAGAACAGUUAAGCUGCCAAGGGAUUUCACAUUCAAGGCACCGGGCCCUGGAUAUACUUGUGGGCCCGCAAAGAUUGUGAGGCCAACCCAGUUUAUCACAGCUGAUAAGCACAGAACCUUUAAAGCUUUGAUGACAUGGAAGGUAGUUUGUGUUGGAAGAUCCAAGGAAUAAUCACAGAUUUGCUGCUGAAUGUGCUCAUUUAGUUGGGUCUGUUACCCUAUUUGGCAACCCAUCAAGUUUUUUUCUUUUUUAUUGGAAGUGGCUCAAGUUUAAAAGCUUCAAACAAUCAUGUAACUGAAUGCAUUAAUAUCAAAAAAAAAAUAUUAACUA